AUGACAAGCGAUGAUCGACAUUCUAACCACGAUUCUCCUUAUCGUACCGGGCGUCACGUUCCCCUAAAUGCUCGGGAUGGCCUGACUUCGAUCGCCACCGCUGGCGAAUCCCGGCCCGAUAUCACCUCCCCUUACCGCGAUGAACUCAGCCGCCAGUCAACAUCUACGUUUGAUACCGUCGGGAAUCCGGCCGCAUCCCCCCGACCUUACUCCCCGGGAAUGAGAUCACAAAGCGCCCGACAGUCGAGUGCGAACGACGGUUUUGAGAUGCAGAGCCCGACGGGCGAAAUCCCCAUGCAAUCAUUCAAUGAUGGUAUGCCGCCACCCCCACCGGUGAGGAGUUCGUGGAACAGGAUCGACAGUUGGGCCGAGGAAAACUACCCUGAACUGUUCGACCAACUCUGCGAGGGCUGCACGACCAAUGAUAUCAAUGAUCUUGAGUACCAACUCGACUGCUCGCUCCCGCAGGACGUCCGGGAAUCUCUGCAGGCCCAUGACGGCCAGGAGCGCGGCGGAACCCCGACCGGCAUUAUUUUCAGCGCCAUGCUGUUGGACUGUGAGGAAAUUGUGCAGGAAUGGGAGAACUGGCGGAAGGUGAACCAGGAAUUCCUCACCGAACGACCCCCCGCAGCCCGACCGGCAGUACCGCCGAAGGUUUCGGGCGAUAGCAGCACGAGCCAGGCCUCUACUUCUGCCGCCGCUUCGACCAGCUCAGCCCCCACAUCUCCCCAGAACCCGAAUUGGAGGCAGGACCUACUCUCUCGCCAAGAUUGUGUUCCCCCACAUGCUAUCCAAAAAGCGUACGCCCACCCAGCCUGGAUUCCCCUCGUUCGCGACUGGGGAGGAAACAACCUGGCCAUUGACUUGGCGCCCGGCCCCAAGGGUCACUGGGGGCAAGUGAUUCUUUUCGGUCGGGAUUACGACACCAAGUACGUGGUUGCGCGGUCCUGGGCCCAGUUCAUGGGCAUCGUCUCCGACGAUCUGAAGAGCGGGAGGUGGUUUGUCGACGAAGACUCGGGCGAGCUGAAGCUGCGCGAGUUCAAACAAGCCCGCAUUGAGCCCAACUACUUUGACAUCCUACGGUGGCGGACGGAUCAACGCCACGGGCGCACCGCGGCCAAGCGCAAGUCGAUGGCGCCGGGUGCGAGUUCGCCCAGAAGCGCGCCGAACUCGCCCUACACCAACCCGACCUCGGAGCCCGGCGGCGAGCACCGCGGCCGGUCCAUGCAGCGACCCGGCGUCAUCUCCCCCAUUCCCAGCCCGGCCCGCCCCGGAUUUGGCAAGCCUAGCCCGUUGGCCCGCGUGGCGGAGGAAUCAGGAGCCGCCGCCAACCCGACGGGCAAGAAGGCAGGCGAGAAGCUGGUCGAAGUUGAUACCCCAAGGCAGAGCAACGAAGAUGGCAAGGACGCAGCACCCAGAUCGGCGGCCCUGUCCACGAGCGAUGCGUCGGCUGCCGGUGACAAUGCUGAUAAGCCCGAGGCAACACAAGCGAACGGCUCGGCGAGUGCGAGUGGGAAGAAGCCUGCCGUGACGGUGGAAGAUGAGGACGAGGAUGAUGGGGCGAUGAAGACGAUCGAGAUUUGA